AUGCCAAAUGGUAAUAUAGCAGAGAAAUCACAAGACCAAUUUAUCGUUACUCAUUAUUUAUGUUUAACCCAGUGACCUCAGUGAGUCAGCUAUAUGCUUAUCCUCAAUACGUUCACGAUACUUCUACAAGUGGCGUUCAUUGUGUUUAUGUCACUGCUCUCCAUGAACAUUAUUCGUCACUUCACUAGCGCGAAGAGAAUGGCUUUGAUCGCUCCAGCAUUGUUCGUGAACCAUGGAGGCGGACCUAUGCCGCUUUUGGGUGACAAGGAUCACGCAGGUCUUACGAACUUUCUCAGAGACGGUGUGAAGAAACAUGUCGACUUUAAAAACGUUAAAGCGAUAAUUUUAGUGACCGCGCAUUGGGAGGAGAAUAAAGUAACUAUAUCGUCUGGUAAUCAUCACGAUUUAUACUUCGAUUACUAUGGUUUUCCGCCAGAAUCAUACAAGUAUAGGUAUGAUGCGCCUGGCGAUCCGAAGUUAGCCGCGCGCAUACAAGAAACAUUGAAGAAAAGCGGUAUAGACUCGCGUCUUGAUCCUUCGCGAGGCUGGGACCAUGGAGUCUUCGUCCCCAUGAUUUUAAUCAACCCUGAAGCUAACAUACCUAUAAUACAGGUGUCUGUGCUCAGCAAUCAAGACCCGGAGCAGCAUUACAAGCUUGGACAAGCUUUGUAUCAAUUCCGAAAGGAAGGUGUUGCCAUAAUUGGCUCCGGAAUGUCAUACCAUAAUAUGAGAGAGUUUUUCAACAGUCGUAGAGCAGGACAAGUGAUAAAUAAGGAGUUUGAUGACUAUUUGAAUGACGUAUGUACAGCGGAGGAGGAAAAACGGAAAGAGGGAUUGAUAUCUUGGAGAGAGGCAACGGGGGCUAAUGAGGCACACCCUCCGCGCGCAGCCGAGCACUUUAUGCCUCUUGUUGUGAUUGCGGGUGCUGGGGGAUCCAAGCCUGGCCAGAGGAUUUUCAAUUGGGACAUGAGUGGUGUUUUCAGGUUAAGUGCUUUUAUAUGGAAGGAGUGAACAUGGUACUGUUCCUGAUAUGUUUA